AGUGUUCUGUUGCGACCCGACUGACCGUACACUAUCAUACACUAUGAAGACCGUUCUGUGCAUUCUCCUGUUCGCUGCGGCCGUCUUCGCUGUUGAAGAGAAGAAAAAUGAAAAACGCGGUCUACUCGGCCUGGGUUACGGUCUGGGUGCGGCGCCCAUCAGCCACGGGUACUACGGACACGGACUGGGCUUGUACGGUCACGGGAUCGCAUCGGCGCCCAUAGUCAGCCACGGGCUCGCGGCCGCUCCGAUCGUCAGCCACGGGUACUAUGGCGGCCACAGCCUCGGGCUGUACGACCACUACGACCACGGUCUGGCGGCGCCCGUCAUCAGUCACGGCAUCUCGUAUGGCGCGCCACUAGGCUUGGGACAUUACGGCAUCGGACACGGCUGGCACUGAAGUAGACUGUAAGACAAUAGGAACUCCGACCGUGUUAUUUGCUGAAUUGAAAUAAAACAAACAUCUUCUCUGCACAAUUUUAGCGAAUGAUUCGGUUCGGUUACUUAUCUAAUGUAUGUGUGAGUUGUAAAAUUCUGGAUUUUAUUACGUUUUGAUAUU